GUUUACAUCCGGCUAAACUCCUGGGACAUUCAGUAUGGACAAGAGGCAGUGAUGAUCUGUAGAACUUUUGGUUAUCCCGGGACGCAGAGAGUCGUGUGGUAUAAAGAGAACACAACGAUUGAAGAGUCUGACCACCACCACAUAGAAGAAAAGGUGACGAAUUCAUCGAUCUACACUGACGUUGACUCUUCCCUCCGCAUCAUGGGACUGGCAAAAAGAGAUUUUGGCAGUUACACGUGCAAAGCGGUCAACGACGCCACGGAGUCAGAAACAAGUGUGAUGUUGCAGAUAACACGUGAGGGAGAGAUCGCGAUUAACUGAAAUUCUGACUAAAAGCCGCAGCUGAGAGAAAGAGCUGUACGUUUUACAGUACGUUUUACGUUGUUAAUUC